ACUCCAACUCGCCCAGGCUCCAGAUGAACAAACCAAACACCUGCAACAAAUCUCGGGACAUGUAAAAAUGGGCGACGCCCGAAGCUGCAAGGCGCCGCCGAGGAGAGCGUAGCCGGACACGAACGCGUUCCGAACCCGAACCCUAGUUCCGGAGGAGGAGAAGGAGGACGAAUCCUGCGAUCCCCUCCCUCCAAAACCCUAGCCCCGGCGGCGGCGAGAUCUCAGGUGGCGGGGGACGAUGUCGGACUCGGCGUCGAUGGCGGCCGCCACAGAGGCGCGCUUCAGCAACCGCGACCUCAUCGGCCGCGGCUCCUUCGGCGAUGUGUACAGAGGGUUUGACAAGGAAUUGAACAAGGAAGUUGCGAUAAAAGUUAUUGACCUUGAAGAAGCCGAGGAUGAUAUUGAAGAUAUCCAAAAGGAAAUAUCUGUUUUGUCACAAUGCCGGUGCCCAUAUAUAACUGACUAUUAUGGCUCUUACCUUCACCAAACCAAAUUGUGGAUAGUAAUGGAGUACAUGGCUGGUGGUUCUGUUGCUGACCUACUCCAAGCUGGCCCUCCUCUGGAUGAAGUAUCUAUUGCGUGCAUUCUAAGAGACUUGUUACAUGCAAUUGAAUAUCUGCAUUCGGAAGGAAAGAUUCACCGUGACAUUAAAGCGGCAAAUAUCCUCCUGACUGAAAGUGGAGAUGUGAAGGUUGCAGACUUCGGUGUUUCUGCACAACUGACUAAAACAAUGUCUAGGAGAAAGACAUUUGUCGGAACUCCCUUUUGGAUGGCACCUGAGGUUAUUCAGAAUUCUGAUGGGUACAAUGAAAAGGCGGAUAUCUGGUCUUUAGGUAUAACUGCUAUAGAAAUGGCAAAAGGUGAACCCCCUUUGGCAGAUAUUCAUCCCAUGAGAGUUCUUUUCAUAAUACCCCGCGAAAAUCCUCCCCAGCUUGAUGAGCAUUUCUCUAAACUGAUGAAAGAGUUUGUGUCACUAUGUUUAAGGAAGAAUCCAUCAGAGAGGCCUAGUGCUAAGGAACUUCUUAAGCAUCGGUUCAUAAAAAAUGCCAGAAAAACUCCGAAGCUUCUGGAGAGAAUAAGAGAGCGGCCAAAGUUUACAGUAAAAGGCAGCAUCGAUGCCACACAAAAUGGUCAAGCACAUAUUGAAGAAGAUGAUUAUGGAGGUACUAUGAAGGUUGAGGCGAAUACAAAACAUGCAGCUUCUCCUUCCAGUCAAGGAACAGUUAGGAAAGCUGCUGGAUGGGAUUUUCCUGAUAAAUCGGAGGUCACAGGAACUGUUCGAGCUGGUUUAAGACCACCGCAAGUAACGUCCACCAAGGAUGGUAGAUUUGAUAUGCCUUAUAAUCCAAAUACUCUAAAACGUACAGCUGAUCGAGAAAAUCAGUGGAGAACAUCUGGGACUGGAUCUGAAGAACCGCCAUCAACAACCAUGUCUAAGAAAGAAGCGCAGAAUGAUUAUGGGAGACUAGAAAGUUCUACAGAAGAUAAUGAGCAGUCUGUAAGUGGGUCUGGCACUGUUGUGUUACGCUCUCCAAGAGCGUCUCAGGUCUACUCAGCAACUCCUAAUCACAGUUCCAAGCCUCCUAGCAGAUUCUCCUCAUAUGAAGAUACAUCUUCCAGUGGGACAGUAGUUCGUAAUCAAAGUGAAGAACUAGAAACUCCACGAUCUUCAAGAUCAAGACUGGGGAUCCAAGAAAAAACAUCAAAUGCUUCACUUGAGGAUAGUGCUAUUAACCUUGCAGAGGCAAAGGCUGCUCUACAAGCUGGGUUCAGAAAGGGAAAUGCUCGAGAAAGACCAGUUAUCAACAAACAUGAAAAGGAAUCACAUGAACCUAGAUUUUCUGGGGUAAACAGUCAUGAGGGUAGAAGUGAGAGUGUUGACUCGCAAAAAGGUCGCAAAUCACGGCAACCAUCUGAUGGGCAAUCAGCUCCUCGUGCUUCUGGUUCUGCAGCUUCUCCUGCACUCUCAUCACUGAUAACUCCUUCUCUGAAAGAGGCUACUGGUGACAAGUUUGAAGGUCCUGUUGUUAACACAGUUCUCAAUUCUCUGAUGGAUCUAGAACAUGAGAUACCUGGAUCCUGUGAGGUAUUAGUUGGCAGAUUGCUUCAUCGCCUAGGGAGCUCGAAGGAUUCCUCUUUGCAAAGUCUUCACGAGACAGCAAUCUCGAUUUUUGCAAAGAAACCUGAAACUCCCUCUGAACCUGCAAGCAACAAGAAGCUAGUUAGUAUUCCACCAUUGGCUGCUCCUACCGUAAGCCCUCUGGCGAAGUUUCUUCUUACCAGGUGGCAAAACCAAGUUACCCAAGACCUUAACUCCGAUUGAUCCAGGCAAUCCAAAAUUCUUCCAUCUUUGAUUCAGUGUAUAAUUAAUUUUGAGUGUACAUAACUCUUAUCUUUAGAACUCUUUUUUCUCUGCUAGAUGUUAUCAGCGGCUUGUGCUGCCAUCUGUUUGUUUCAUUUGUUGUGUUCUUAGUGAAUAACAUAUUUCCAACCUUUUCUAAUGUAACUGCUACUGCUAGUCUGCUAUACAUGUACUGCAACAUCUGAGGCUGCAUCAAUAACAUAUCCAGAUCUUGCCGGUAACUAA